CUGAAACUCUGUUUUACCUACUUUGCCAGCUUUGGUGUCCUUUCUGGGACAAUGAACACAGAAUAUGUUGGUGUUGUUGAUGCUCUCCCUUACUUCGAUAAAGGCUAUGACGACCCAGGGAUUCGAGAAGCAGCUGCUCUGCUUGUUGAAGAGGAGAUGAAACGAUACAGACCAACUAAAAAUUACCUCGAACACUUACCCUCAUUAUCCGGUCCAGUUGUUCCAAAAUUUGAAACAGAAAUGAUAAAGGCGGAAUUCGAUCGACUAUCCAACCGUCUUCCUAUGGAACUACUGAGUAUGAAACGAUAUGAACUACCGCCACCUCCUGCGGGUAAAAUGACCGAUGUGAAAGCCUGGCAGGAUGCUGUAGAAAACGCGGAGGCUCAGUUAGAACACCAGGCGACGAGGAUAAAAAAUCUGGAGUUAAUGGCGCAGUAUGGUUGCAAUGCAUGGAAGCAAUACAAUAAUAUGGCAGUUUUGUUGCUUAUAGUCAACGUGGUGUUCGACCCUCAUUUUCCACUGUUCGUUGUGCUAUUCAUUUGCCACAUGUGUAGUUUCCCCAAGCAGAAAUUGUUUCGUCACGCCCAACUCCGUUAA